UAAAAAAAAAGAUAAACAAAAAAAAUCGAACGUAAUAUAAAGAUUUACUGUAAUUUCAUAAAUAAUUUUUCUCUUCGAACGUAUUUAAAAUAUUUCAGAGAUAAUAUCCAUUUGUACCAACUGUUUAAAUAUUUUGUUGGUAUUACAUACUGCUAGAUACAUUUUACGAAAGAAAAAAAAUCGGUACAUGAGAAUAGGAAUUGUGUUAAAUGGUUAUGUCCACGUGCAUUAUUUUUCGGUUAGAAUUAUGAUUUGAAACUUUUUAGAUAUAAAACUAAUAGACUUUAAUAUUACAAGUUUAUUCGUAUACAGUUUCAAAAGAUAACAAGAUAAUAUAUUAAGUUAUUCGUACUUUACGAAUAUUACGUGUUUUAUUUAUUGUUUUAAUACGUGUAAUUUCAUGUUGAAAACUUUCUAUUUCAUCUGUCAAUUUUGUUAUAAAUGAAGAAGAAAAAUGGUUCGACAUAAUAAUCAGCUUCCAGAUAAUAUUCCACAGUUGCAAAAUCUUAUUAAGCGUGAUCCUGAAUCGUAUAAGGAAGAAUUUCUCCAGCAAUAUCUCCAUUAUAAGGCUACUUUGGAUAUAUUCAAUUUGGCUCCAAAUAAGUUUAAUAAAAGUCUCGAUGAAUUAAUAAUAUUUAUGACUCAGGUUGCCCAUUGUUAUCCAGAAGAGUUAAAAACUUUUCCUCAGGAGAUCAUAGAUACACUACAAAAACAUAAUACUGUUUUAGACAAUGAUAUGCGAAUGACAUUUUGUAAGGCAUUAAUCUUAAUGCGCAACAAAUAUUUAUUAGAGCCAAUAACACUUCUCAGCUUAUUUUUUGAGCUUCUAAGAUGCCAAGAUAAAGCUUUGAGACAAUUUCUUCAAACACAUAUUAUUACUGAUAUUAAGAAUAUUAAUGCAAAACAUAAAAAUGCCAAGGUUAACACAGCUUUACAAAAUUUUAUAUUUACAAUGUUAAAAGAUACUAAUGCUAGAGCCGCAAAAAUGUCUGCUGAUGUUAUGAUAGAAUUAUACAAGAAAAAUGUAUGGAAUGAUGCCAAAACAGUAAAUAUUAUAGCUACUGGUUGCUUUUCAAAAAUCACAAAAGUGGUUGUCGCUAGUUUAAAAUUUUUCUUGGGUAAUGAUGAUGAAAAGGAAGAUAGUGACAGCAGUGACAGUGAUGAUGAACCCAAUAUUAAAGAAGUUAUGAUGGCUAAUAAAGUAAAUAAGAAAACAAAAAAGCGUGAAAAAAUGUUGAAGAAGGCCAAACAAUUAUUAGUUAAAUCUAAAAAAAAGAAAGUAAAAGCACCACAAUUUAAUUUUUCUGCAUUACAUUUAAUUCAUGACCCACAAGGAUUUGCAGAAAAAUUAUUUAAACAAUUAGAAAAAAAUAAUGACAGAUUUGAAAUUAAAUUAAUGACUUUAGAUGUUAUCUCUAGACUUAUUGGAUUGCAUAAUUUGUUCCUUUUUAAUUAUUACCCUUAUCUACAACGGUUCUUGCAACCUCAUCAAAGGGAAGUAACAAAAUUGCUACAAUUUGUAGCACAAGCUAGUCAUGAAUUAGUACCUCCAGAUGUAUUGGAACCUGUUCUUAAAACUUUAGUGAAUAAUUUUGUAACCGAAAGAAAUUCUGGAGAUGUUAUAGCGAUUGGGUUAAAUGCUGUUCGUGAAAUAUGUUCAAGAUGUCCAUUGGUUAUGAAUGCAGAUCUUUUAAAAGAUUUGGCCCAAUAUAAACAUUAUCGAGAACGUAGUGUAAUGAUGGCAGCAUCUUCUUUAAUUACUGUUUAUAAACAAACAAUGCCAAGUUUACUACACAAAAAAUAUAGAGGACGUCCUACUGAAGCUACAAUAAGUUUAGACACAUUAAAAUAUGGGGAAAUAGCUACUAAUGAUUUUGUUCCAGGAGCCGAAGUAUUACUUAAUAAUGACUGUAAUGAUACUUUAGAAAUUGAUUCUGAAAAUAGCGAGGAUGAAGAUCAAUGGAUUGAUGUACAAGAUAGUAAUGAGGGAAUUAAUAAAGAAGAUUGGGUUACAGAUGAUGAAACAGAUAUAUCUUCGGAUGAUAAUAGUACAGAUGAUGAAAAUAAUAUCAAAGAUGAAGAAAAUAUAGAACAACAAAAACAAAGAGAUGUUGACAUUGAAAAUAAAAAAGAACAUGAAUUAUCUGAAGGUGUAAAAGGAAAUAAAUUGCAUUUAAAAAUCAGAGAAAAGAAAAGGGAUAAGAAGUUAAGAAGAAGAAAGCAAAAAGAGGAGAGAAAAGCAAAAGCAAAAGUACAAAAGAAAGAGGAGUUAACUGCAGAAAAAAAAGCACAGGCAUCUUUAAUUUCAGUUGAGCGUUUACUCUCAGAUGAAGAUUUCAAAAGAAUUGAUAUGGCACUGGUAAAACAACAAAUAAUGCCUGCUAAGUUUGGUGUAAAAAGACCACAUCCAUCUGAUGAAAAUCGUGGAGAAUUAGUCAAGCUCGGUGAUAUUGAAAAUAUUCAUAAAAAGCGUAGACAUGAUAAGGAAGCACGAUUGGAAACUGUAAAGAAAUCUCAAGAAAAUAGAGAAAAAUUUGGUUAUAAAGAUGGUCGUCAAAAUCCAUUGUGUAGUAAAACAAAUCGUGAAAAGAAAAAAACCAAAAAUUAUCAAAUGAUCAAACAUAAGCUUACAGGAAAAGUGAAACGUUCUUUCAAAGAUAAACAAAUUGCCCUCAGAAAUUAUUUAUUAAAACAAAAAAGAAUGAAAUAAUAAUCCUUAUUUACGGUA